AGGUUGGAGAAAUUAGAUCCAGAUCAGCAUCAUGAGUUUUCUGAAUACUCUACAAGAAUACGUCAGUAACAGUGUAGCCGGAUUAACAUUAAAAAGUCCUAAACGGUUUUCGUUGACACGUACCGAUACUUCCGAACCGUCGAUAUCGUCGAGUUCCCGGAGUAACUCGGGGGACAGUAACACUCCGGGGUUUCCGAAAGUAAUACCGACUCCGGGCGCGGUUGCACCCAUCCAACGUCGUAGAAGUACCUUGGAGUGCCCGAUACCGAAUCCGCCGCGUCGACCCGGGUCUUUUCGACAAAAAUCUCCGCGGGCUACUCCAGAAAGGCAAUUCAACUUUUGUUGCAGAAGACAGAGCUGGCCGGAGAUUGAUCAUCAAGUUUCUUCUGGUGUACAAGAAAUCGACGGAUCGUAUUUCGAAAGUUUCACCGCGUUAGCGUGGAAACAGGAAAAUCAGAGACAGAGCAUUUUGAAAUUAACCGAAACGUCUUCAUCGGAUCCCCCGCCGCCGGAAUCGGAGCUUGGGAUCACGCCAAUCGACUAUAAUUCUUCUCAACAUGAAAAGGAUAAACUUUACGUCGAAAUGCUCUACACAAUUGCCAAUACAGUCGGAGCACCUGCCCCGGGAGGCCAAUACGCACAUUAUAAAGAGGAUCUCUAUCUCUACGGUCAGAGGGCAUUCAAUAUGCCGCCCGAUCGACAUUAUCGAAUGCUACACGUAGCCGGCGAAGAACAACCCCCCAUAGUCGUCCUCAGCGUCAUCGUUAUCGAAGCAGAAGGUUUAGAAGCCAAAGAUGCCAACGGAUUCAGCGAUCCUUAUUGCAUGCUGGGCAUCCAACCGAUGGCGGCGCCGUCUUCUCCACAACCAUUAACCCCCAACCGGACACUUUCCGAUGUUUGUGGCGGCAUGACAGCCGAUGGUCCAUUAUCGGCGAAUCAUGGUCCUGUCGGUAGCGAGAAGCUGAGAAAACAUCACAGUUUCAAGCUGAGUUUCAAACGGAAAGACGGAAGGGUGAGGGAACAUAGAGAUAGCAUCGGGGGUGCACUGCCCGCUAAGUUUAUAAGGGCCACGUCCGUGAAACCACAUACUUUGAAUCCUAAAUGGAAUGAGAAGUUUCGAUUUGACAUUGACGAUAUCAGCAGCGAUUCUCUACAUCUGGAUAUAUGGGACCACGAUGACGAAAGCUCCGUACUCGAGGCUGUUAGUAAAUUGAACGAAGUUAGAGGAGUUAGGGGAUUGGGGAGAUUCUUUAAGCAAGUUUGUCAAUCGGCUAGGCAGAGUUCGCAAGACGAUUUCCUCGGAUGUGUGACAAUACCACUUCAAGACAUUCCCUCUACGGGUUUGGAAGGUUGGUUCAAGUUAGAAGCUAGAUCACAACGUAGUUCCGUCCAAGGUCGUAUCAAAUUAAAAAUGUGGUUGUCGACCAGAGAAACGCGAGGUGUUUCUGACGAUGACAAUUGGACGGAAUUAACGCAGCACGAAAAUUUGUUCGCUACCUUCAUAGAUUACGAACUGAGGAAUUGGGGGAGAGAAACUUGGACUUGGAAUGGCGAUUUACCGGGAAUGGCUUUGACGAUUUUACAUCAACAUGCCGUUCAAGGUGACUUGAGCGAAUUGCAAACGUCCAUGUCCAGAUUCGUCGCAGCAGCUAGAGUUUAUUUGAAGUAUCCAUUAGAUCCUAGGUGGAUGUUACAACUUUUGACCGAUAUAGAAACGUCUUGGAUGAAUUACACUUUAACUAGAGAAGAAGAAAUGUGGUUGGCCGAAAAAUUUACGGCGAUGCAAGAGCGUUGGCUUCAGCAAUUGCGACAUCACCGUCAAUUAUUCCCUGCUUUACAUUCGCCAUCUUUAACAAGACUGGAACAUAUUUUGAGAUGCUUAGCUUAUUUAUCUAAUAUGAAAGCAUUUUGGAAAUGUUGCCCUUUCAAUAAGGAGAUCCGCGGUGAAAUAGUGGCUUCCCUCAGAAAAGGAACUCCGGAAUGGUUCAAAUCACUUAAGAACGCCAUAAUGACCUCAGACGAAUACGAUCCAUCAUUCGUCGACUUCUGCUCCGAGCUGUACGUGCAACUGAAACAAGCUUUAUCCCAUUAUCAUCCCUUAUUCGAAGGUACCAACGGAAUUCCAUACUUUAGUGUAGUAUUCAAGCAACUGGACAAUCUCAUUUCCGAGGAAAUAAUAGCUUUCCUAAAUCAAAACGAACAUCCAGACGCAGCUUACAACCGACUCAUCUUCUCCGUAUAUUUGGAAGUGAAAGAUUUAGCGACGUUUAAUCAACAUCUACCGAUGGGCGGUGAUCAUAAAUUACUUUUACCCCGUUGCCACGAAUGGUUUCAACCGUCAGUCAGUUGUUGGUUGAACGUUUGUAAAGGGAAAGCUCUACAGAGGGUUAGAACCGCGGUGGAUAUCCAAAAAACCUGCGAAGGUGAUAAGUUAGUUAGGCACAGUUCUUCGGCUGUAGAUAUAGUGACGAUGUUCUGUCAAUUACGCGAUUUUUGGCGACUCCUCCAAUGGCCUAAGCAACAUUCGAUACUUCUUCUUUCCCAAUUACUCGACUGCAUUUGUUCGGCGGCGCUGUUGUACGCCGAUAUAAUUUACCAAGGACUCAUGGAGACUGGUUACUUCGAUAGACUGGGACCUUUCAAGGUCUGCGACGAGAUGUGCAUCGCGUCCAAUAAUUUAGAAUACGUGUAUAAAUUUGUAUCGUUAUUAGGUAAUUAUUGCGAUUUUUUUUUUGUUUCUCGAAUUGAUAACCGUAUUUGUCGACGGAUGUUAUUUGCAGAAAAUUACUUCGAUUUCGUAACUUUAGAAACUAUUGCUACGGAAAUGCAAUUCGCCACGUUAACCAACCAAUUAGAUAGUACUUUAAGUCAGUUCCAAGUGAGGAUACGAGAUAUAGUUAAGAGAGUGGGACCCCAAAUGCAAGAAGCUUUAAGGAAAACGAUGUUCCACGUGGCAUGGUCGCCGGAUACGUUGCCGACUAAACAGGCCGUCGAACCACUCCUCGACUAUCUUCAAGGUCACCUUCAAGCUUUAAAUAUAUCUCUGUUGCCGCAAAAUUUCCAAAAAGUCCUUCAGGAGGUUUGGGAAUAUACUUUGGCGGAAUUAAACUACCAAAUGGAUAACGGCUCGAAUAGCGACGAAAUUCCGACGAUGUUUCACGAGAAACUUCAUUCGGCACUUAAUCUUAUAGUGGAAUUCUUCCACGCCGACGGACAAGGUCUCAGCAUGCAGUUCCUUCAUUCGCCUUUGUACCAACAGAUAGAACAAAGGUUACAGUACCACAGAACUGAUACGGAAACUCUAAUGGAGAUGUUUUACAGUCAACGGCUUCAGGACCAAUUAACUAUAACUGCGAGCCCUUAUGGAGUUCUGGCUGUUAGGGCGUAUUUCAAUCACGAUUCUCUGUGUGUUGAGGUACUUCACGCGAGAGAUAUCAUCCCAUUAGAUCCAAACGGUUACAGCGAUCCCUUUGUUAUAAUAGAGCUUUUACCACAUAGGAUAUUUCCACACUGUAAUGAACAACAAACGAACGUGCACAAAAGAACUUUACAUCCAAUUUUCGACGAAUGUUUUGAAUUCAGUGUGUCUCUUGAGCAAUGUCGGUAUCCUAACACGAUGAUAGGAUUCACUGUGAUGGAUCACGAUGUUUUAACGGCGAAUGAUUUUGCCGGUGAAGCUUUCCUAUCUUUAGGAAGUAUACCGGGUGUAGCGGACACCGGAACUGGUGUCGAUAAUUUCCAUGGACUGAAACCUGUCGAAUUAAUUCUAAUGCAGCAAACUCAAAGGAAUCAUCCCAUUUUACAAAUAUUAGAAUCCAGAUGUGGAGAUCGAAUAGCCGUAGAUUUUGUUAAGAAACAGAAACAGAGAUUCGCCGUUAAGUAAAUUGACCAAUAAAAAAAAUGCUUUUCAAAACUUAUCACCCCACGCCUAAUUAUUGAUGAUUGUGUGUAAAAUCUGACAUUUGACGUCUUAACAUUUACCAGCACCGAAAACUUUUGUAAAUAUGUUAUUAUUAUAGAAUGUAUAUGACUGUAUUAAAUAUGCUGCUUUCGAAAUUUUUUGGUUUAUCUGGAAUUUAAUUUCGGAAAAUAUUCAUCUUAACCACUUUUUUUCUGAAAGAUGUUUAUCUGAUGAAAGGUGGGUACUUUCAAUUUAAAUAUCUUUCAGUUAAAAAAUAACUACUUUUUUGGUCGAAGUUGUUAUUUUCAAACCGACAGUAAUAGACGUUCCCAUCUCUAUUUCUAUAAAUUCGACAUUGAUAUUACUUUACAGUUUCCUGCGAAACGGAAAAGUUUGUAGUUGAAACUGUAGAUGGCGCGAAUAGAAGUAAAUAUAUUAAGACACAAAAUUAUAUAAAAAACAUCGUCACUACACUUUAAUAUCAGAGAUACUAGAUAUUACCAAAUAAUUUCGAAUAUGGCAACUUGAAAUUCUAAGAGGUUAGCAGAAAAAAAAAAUCAAAUUAUUAAAAUCAUUUAAUUAUUUUUGAGGUUAUGAACAAAAAAACUUUUAAUUUGAAAAUAAUUAUUAUAAACAAUAAGAUUUGUUGAAAAUAUCACACAAAUAAACAAUGUGGUAAAUUUCUUUUCUUUAUAAAGUAAUCUGUUAUAAAAUUCCUGUAGAAUUUAUUUAUUUAUAAUUUACUAACCUCUGAGAACAUUUUUUUUUGAGUUUAAGUGUAAAUAAAUGUAUUUGAACGGCACAUCUACAAAAAAGUUUCGGAUUUUACCUUGAAAUACCAAAAAAAUAUCAUUUUUUCAACCCUAAAUGUUUCUGGAAACGGAAUUGUCUCGUAUUUCGUUUCAAAGUAAAUAUCCGACUAUAUGUGUUACAAAGAAAUACACACAAGUUUCGAGAGAAUUUAUAACUGCAACAAAAAAACUAAAUUUAAGUUAAAAGUCUAGUGAAAUAUGAAAAUUGUGGGAUCAGAAGAAACAACGAAUCACCGUAAAUCCUUUUCAAAAGUAAUAAACCCUUCAACUGACAGUAUGCUGAUACAAUCCGGUGUUGCCAAUGUGUAUUUUGUGAUUCAUAUAUUUUCGAUACGACAUUUACGAGAUGAGAUUUUUGUUUAUUCUACUCUUUAUUUUUAUUAAAAAAUUCUGUCUAUAUUAUAUAGUUUUUUGUAUUCUGUCUACUGUCCUCUCGCCAUAAUAAUGUGAAAGAUAUUUUGUGAUAAAAAUUUGGCAACACGGCUAGGCCGGUAAGUUGAUGGGAAACAUUCAAACGUCACGUGAUCACUUAGGUCACUGAAUUUAAAGUAUUAAAACGUUACUUUGCGUAAAUUAUUUUCUAAUAUUGCGGGUAUCGCUUGAAUAUAUUAAUUUGUUACUAAAACUUCUGUGUAUUUCUUGAUAGCUUGAAUAAAUUGAUUUGUCAUUGUAAUAAAUGUAUACUUCAAAAAGAAAAAAAAUGCUAUCAUAGAAUUCCUACUUUUCUAUCUAUAUUAAGGAAUUAUACCCAUAAAAUUUAAUCCGACAUAAACAAUGGCUGCUUCGUAUGUUUUUUAAAAAUAUUUUCUAUAUAUAUUUCUAUAUAAUUUAGCAGUUCGGCAACCAUAUUUUUUAUAACUCAUUUAUUUACAUGUUUUAUAAUUCAAUAGAAAGCUAAGUAUUUAUAUACAAACACUUUAAACAAAGUUUUUCUUUACUACAAAAUACGACGUACGUCAUGAAUAAGUUAUACAACGUUGCCAAAUCAAUCAAAUUAUCAAAUAUUAUAAGAAAAUGUGUGGUUAUGUAUAUCAUCGAUUAAUUGCCAUCUCUUUUUGUGUUUUAUUUUCUAAAAUUAUAAAUCACGAUAAAUACUUAUGAAAUAAUAGACUUUUGAACAAAUACUGAAAAAAGGUUUGCCUUAACCAAUUCAUAAAUAAGUCAUAUCAUUACAAUAUAUCAACAAAGACAAAAUACAAUAUUUCAUAUUGUUAUACAUUCUAAAAUAUUUGAAUUAUUUGAUAUUCCACAUAAAAAAUAGAAAAUUAUUUAUAUAAAACUCAAUUUUAUGUAAAAUUGUCGCAAUUUGUGUCUAUCUACACACUGCUCUCAGUUGGUUACCUCAUAUUUCUCAUUCUACCCCCCUCUGCUGGUACCAGUGUUGCCAGAUCACGUAUAAUUAUCAGAUUGUAAUAUUUGUAUCGCUUCUGAUGAAAAUGAUAAGUCAACAUAGAUAUUUUUUGCAAUUUUUUAAUUUGGCUUACUAAAUUUUAAAAAUGUUUUGUGUUUUGCACCAUAUUGCUUGUUAUAAUAAAAAUAUUAUGUGAUUUAUACAGAACUCGAGAAAGCUGGCAGACAUUAAUUGGUGAAUAACAAGAAUGGAAAUUGUCUACAGCGCCAUCUGGUAUAACCUGGUAGAAGUAAUGAUGCAGAUAUAAUAAGAUUUAUACUGAAAUUUACAUCAGAUACCGAAACAAUUUUUAAAAAUAAAAUAAUGAUACACGAAUAUUUUAUCGAUAUAUAUUAUAUAUUUUACCUCACUGUUAUUAUGUAAAAUAAUACUUAAUUUAACUUUUUAAUAAUUUCAAAUAAAAACCUGAUAAUUUUGGUAGUAUUAAUCCAUAGUAUCAUGAAAGACAUCUGGCAACGCUGGUUAAUAACGUCUGCGCGCAAAUCGAGCAUGAGCGAUGCCAACGAAGGUGUCUAAAUAGCUGGCCACACAGGAAAGAAUAGACGUCCACGCACAAUUUAAUCAAAAACAUUUUCUUUUUUGAUGAAGACUGUAUUUGUGAUUCAAUUUAUAGAUAAUUUGUAGAAAUGACGUCAUGAUUUACGUCGUUUUUCGAAGUGAAAAUAUCUAUAUCACAGAUAGUUUUAGAGAGAACUUGCAACAAAUAUUAUUGAUUAGUAAAAAUAAACAAUAAAAAUGAUUAGGAAAAAUCUUGUGACGAAUGUUUUUAAAAUUGUGUCAUAAAUGAAAUUAUUCAUAAAAAAAAAGUUUAGGAAAUAAAUUUUCUCGAUAAAACCAAUGAAGCAAUGUGUUUUCUAGAACUAUUUGUUUCAUAAAAAAUGACUUACAGGGUGAAAAAUGUAAUGUAAACAGUCUAUAAAGUGGUUUGUUAAUGAUAGGAUACAAAUUAAGAAUAAUUUCUAGAAAUUGGUCGCUAUUGUUUUAAACGGCUAUUUAAAAAGAUACAAGAGCAGAAUAAAACGAUAUUUUUCAAUCUGUCUAUCGUUAUCAACGUUCUAUAUACAACUGAUAGUUAUAAAAAUAAAUGAAAAAUGACGUAAAUUAUAAAUUUGAGGUUAUAUUUUUCACAUCACAACCACUAACAUCAUAUGAUAAUGACGAAAUAUAUAAGUUUAUGGAUAUUAAUAACAUAUUCAGUGUCCUGUUAUUAACACACCACCAGGUAUUAUUUAAAAAAUGAGACAAUCCCUUCAAUCAAUUACACGAAAAACUCAUAUCAUUAAAAUAUAUCAGAAAUUGAAAAAAAUUAUCACUAUAUUUUAUAUGGUUAUACAACCCAAUAUAUAUAUAUAUAUAAAAUAGUCCCACAAGAAGAUACUUUAUUAUUAUUUAUAUCAAAUAUAAGAAAAAGUCGGUGACCUCGAAUGCCUCCAAUUCCCUUCCACUUCUACGUCAGCUGGUAGCGUUUACUUACAGAUCCGGCACAGCAACACAGCAUUCUUCGUCUUUGUCCUUGACGUAUUAAACGUGUCAAACCUAAACCUAUUUAUGAUCUUCUCUAGUAAGAUCAAUUUAAUACUAUAUUUCUAUAUUUUUUCUUCUAUUUUUUCAUUAGUUCAUGGUUUUUAAUAGUCCAGAUAAAUCAUUAAAAUAAUAUAUUUAUUAUUAUUUUGCUGGUGUCUUCCAUUAUUUAUUAAUUAUUUAAUCCAUCAUAUAUACACUAACUGUGUUAUAAUAAAAAAAUAUCAAUUCCCAUAAGAUUUCUAAAAAGUGCAGUGGUGGGCGAGAAAACAGUGGUACAAAAAUUCUGCAAAAUCAAUAAAAAUGCACAAAAGCGAUCUGGCAACAGUGUCGGUUAUAAUCUAUUGAUUGCAAGAAAUGAAAUUACUCAUAGAUAAAUGUCGAUAGAUACGUUCCAACUGUUAGUAAAUAUAGUUAUUAAAUAAACAAACUUUUGAAAUUAUUGGUCACCCAAUGUAAUCAGUAUCCUCGACAUACAUCUGAGAAAGAAGAGAGCAAUGGUGUACACUGUAACUACCCGCCACUGCUCUAGUUCGCACAAGUUUUUAGAAAUGAUUUUAACCAUUACAUCGAUUUCUUGUAAACAGAAGAAAAAACAAAAUUUUCGAUUGGGACAAAAAUAUUGAAUAUCAAAACCAUAUGUUUAGAUUUUAGAUUAUAAGUUUUAAUUUCCAUGUAAAUUUUUCUAUCUUUAUACGUGACGAACACAAAUUAGUGCUUGCAAUUUUCACUUUUUUGUUUCUCUAAAAAUGUUAUUUGUUUCAUUCUAUCGAGCUUAACGUACUGUAUGUCAAUUGAAAUAAGAAAAAAAUAUAUAUUUUCCAUAAAGAACCAGACCAAUAUGUCAUAUUAUCUAAAGAAAUAAGUAUAUACAAGGGUCGAAAAUAGGUAUGUUAUUCUUUUAUAAAUGCUGUUCAAUAAACACUAAAUUUAUAUAUUUGGAUUCACUUCAUUCCACAUGAUUAUUAAGAUGGUCAAAUUCACAAGUUAAGAAAAAUCUCACCCUAUUUUUCCUUGUUUAUUUCCUAUUUAAUAAACCAAAUUAUUUUGUUAUUGUUACUAACACAAACUAACACAGACUGUCUGAUUUUCACUUCUCAGCUCGCGCCAUUUCGAACAUCUGAUGAAUGCGGCGUUGCCAUGAUUAUGUUGUAAUGUCACCAAUAAUAAAAUUUUUACAUAUUUCUUGAACAACUUGAUUCUGAUAAUAGGAUAACGGUGAUUCAUUUAAGGAAAUAUAUAACUUCGAAUCACAUGCUCGUCAGAAACAUAUACAGCAGGAUGUCAAAUCAUAGUUUUCAGGGUUUUAAUAUUUUGAAGCAUAUUAACUUGGACUAAAUUUUGUCAAUUAAUUCCUAGCAGUUUAAAUAGGAUUCCAAAAGUGUUACCCUGUGUAUACAAAAAUGAAACGGUUACGAAAACUUUGUGGUUUUGAAAUUUGGUCUAGUUCUUAAUUAUAUCUAUGGAUGUGAUAUAUCCCCAUUGUCUUUGUUAUCUCCGCAAUAAAGAUAUAUAUCAA